AUGGCACCCUUGCCCUUGCAGAGGCUGAAACCUUCGCCACCUUGGAGCUCGGUAGGAUGUGAUUUGUUUGGACCACUGAAAGUCAAGGGAGAAGUCCAAAAGCGAGUGAGAGGCAAGGCCUACGGAGUAAUAUUCAGUUGCCUUGUUACAAGAUCAGUUCAUUUAGACUUGAUGACGGAUUAUAGUGAGGAUUCCCUUUUGAAGGUGUUUAGACGGUUUGUAUCCAUAAGAGGAUACCCGAAUGAAAUAUUCAGUGAUUGUGGCAGUCAACUAGUCGCAGCGAAGGAGAGUAUCAAAGGGUUCGGAGUUCGUCAUGGAGUUGAGUGGACAUUUUCCACACCAGACGCACCGUGGCAGAAUGGUGUCACCGAGAGUUUAAUUCGAGGAGUUAAGAAGUCGUUAUUCCAUGUCAUAGGAGAGCAGGUGUUGCAGGAGUUGCAGACAGUGCUUUAUGAAAUUGCAAACUUGAUGAAUGAGCGACCUAUUGGCAAACAUCCUACGAGUCCAGAACGUUACUUAUGUCCAAAUAAUCUUCUCGGACGUUCAUCUGUAAGCUGGGUAAUAAUGCACAAAGAUUGA